UCAGAAUGAAAAAGGCAAACGUUGACCCCAGUAAGAAAAAAUUCCAAGGUUCUGACUGGUCUCGGUUCCCAUGGAAGCCACGUGGUUGAUCCAUCUCCUAGCGCUUUGCGCUCUCGCAACUGCAGUGCCCUCUGAUGACAAGAAGAAAAGUGAGAAGAAACCAACCUCGGAGGAAAAGAAGCUGAGCGAGAAGGCCACCACCUUGGCCGACCACAGCGCUACCCUGGCCUUCAACCUCUACCAUGUGAUGGCAAAGGACAAGAACUUGGAGAAUAUCUUGGUGUCUCCAGUGGUGGUGGCAUCUUCUCUGGGGCUGGUAUCUCUUGGGGGAAAGGCCACCACCGCCUCUCAAGCCAAGGCUCUGCUCAGCGCCAGCAAACUGAACGACGAUUACAUCCACACCGGACUCUCGGAGUUCCUGAGCGACGUCAGCAACACCACGGCCCGGAACGUCACCUGGAAACUCGGCAGCCGCCUCUACGGGCCAAGCUCCAUCAGCUUCGCUGACGACUUUGUGCAAAGUAGCAAAAAGCAUUACAACUAUGACCAUUCCAAGAUCAACUUCCGAGACAAGCGGAGCGCCCUGAAAUCCAUCAACGAGUGGGCUGCCCAGACCACGGACGGCAAGCUGCCCGAGGUCACCAAAGAUGUGGAGAAGACAGACGGGGCCUUGAUCAUCAAUGCCAUGUUCUUCAAACCGCACUGGGAUGAGAAGUUCCACCACAAGAUGGUGGACAAUCGUGGCUUCAUGGUGUCCCGUUCCUACACAGUGGGCAUUUCCAUGAUGCACCGCACAGGGUUGUACAAGUACUAUGAGAACGAGGCUGAGAAGCUGCAGAUGGUGGAGAUGCCGCUGGCCCACAAACUCUCCAGCCUGAUCAUCAUCAUGCCGAACCAUGUUGAGCCCCUGGAACGGCUGGAGAAGUUGCUCACCCGCGAACAGCUGCAGGUUUGGAUGGGCAAAAUGAAGGAGCGGGCAGUGGCCAUCUCCCUGCCCAAGAUCAGCCUGGAAGUCAGCCACGACCUUCAGAAACACUUGGCUGAUCUCGGAUUAACCGAAGCCGUGGACAAAAACAAAGCAGACCUCUCGAAGAUUUCUGGCAAGAAAGACCUGUAUCUCUCCAACGUCUUCCAUGCGGCGGCCCUGGAGUUGGACACGGAAGGGAACCCCUUCGACACGGAUCUCUACAGCCGCGAAGAAAUCAGGAACCCCAAGCUUUUCUACGUCGACCAUCCUUUCAUUUUCCUCAUCAAGGACAAUAAGACCAACUCCAUCCUUUUCAUUGGCAGGCUAGUUAAACCGAAAGGAGACAAAAUGCGCGAUGAAUUGUAGUUUGCAGGCAUGUUUAUGUAUUCGUUGUCUUUUUUUAAAGAAAAAAAAAGUUGAGACAAAUAAGUGCCUUUUCUGAACUGGUGCUCCUCUGCCAUUUUGGGGGUCACCAAUAGUGGUGAGAUGUGAAGUGCGAACAAAAGAAGUGGCUUGGGAUGAGGGCAUAAUUUCCCCCCCCCCCCCCGCCCUUUCUGCCCCCCUCUAAGAGCAUUCAGUCUCUUUGAUUAGUUUUCUCUUCCUUGGAAAUUCACUGCAGUCCGAGGUUAGGAAGAUGUGUGGUUCGUAUGCUCAUCCCAGGAAGUGUGAUCUUUUAAGCUCUUGAAGAUCUUUUCUCCCUAGAGAUGAUGCAAAGGUCUGACCACGCAAAGGGACAGUGAAACUGCCAGUAGAGAAACUUUGGGGUUGUGAGCUUGUAAUAAUGGGAAGGAAAAUUAAAAGAAUUUCUCACCUGUCA